AGUCGGGGUUAUUAAACAAAAAGCAGUCCUCACGAACAGUCAAACUUUUGAUAUACUUGGAACUUACGAAGCCAGCAUUUCGCAACAAGUGAUACGACAUUAUACCUGGAUUUACAAUCUGACAGUCGGAUUAUACACACGUGCAUCCUUCUCGGCGAUGAUAAAGUAAUUUUCGCGAGUUUUCAUCAAUUUCUACAUUUAUAUCGUAUGGAUGAGCAACAUUUUAGUUAGAUAUAUAUUUCGAAUAUAUUUUUUAUUUGAGUUGGAGUAUAUACACAGUACUGUCAAAUUUGACAUUAUACUUGUGCAACAUGAGAACUUGGCAUCAGUGACAAAAGUAGAUUGCCGCCCUCUCUCGUGAUUAUUUGUUCAGUUCUAUAUCCUCGAAACCAAGGCACGCGUGUGGGCGCUCUGAUUGGUCGGCUUGUCCACACUUAUGGGCGGGGCGUAGUAAACGCAUAGAGAGAGCCCGAAAAUGACAAAGAGAGCAAACGGAGCAAGCUAAGUUGAUCAAAGCUCGCAGACUUGAGAGGACUGAUAAGAAAGGAAUAACGGAUCGGCCGCACUGCCUUCUUGGCGUGCUAUGUUUUUUGGAACUAUGGGGCGUUUUAACUGGAGUAAUACAGUGAUUUUUGCUCUGCAAUGGAUUAGCAUUAUUUCCAAGGUCACAACAGCUGCAGGGACAUUCGAACUUCGCCUCAACUCCUUUUCCAACGACCAAGCCAAGGAUAUCAAUGGACAAUGUUGUGGGAAUAAUACAAGUACUGAUCAGUGUGUCGGACCAUGUAGAACAUAUUUCACAGUGUGCUUGCUCCAUUUUCUUCGCGAAAUUCCCGAGGAACCCUUGCCAGGACAAUGCACAUUUGCUUUCCGGAAUACAUCAGUUUUGGGAGAAAAUUCUUUCGAAGUUCAUGAUGGAUUAAUACAAAUUGAUUUUGAUAUCGACUGGCCGCGUGAUUUUUCACUCGCCCUAGAUGCCUGGCAUGACGAGAGCAGCACAGGGUUCAAAGAUGGAAACCGAAGGCGCCUUGAAACCCUGCGAAUCCAUAGAUCGUUGAACGUCAGCACGACCUGGUCCAACUAUACUUACCCGACGUCGUUGCACACGCUGGACUACUCCUACAGGGUGGUGUGCGCUGAAACCUACUACGGGUCCCAGUGUCGAGACGCCUGUAUCCCGAAAGAUGACCUCUUUGGGCAUUACCUGUGCGAUAAAGAUGGUGGGAGAGUCUGCAUGGACGGAUGGGAAGGCAACUGGUGCGAACAUGCCGUUUGUUCAGAAGGAUGUGUGCAUGGUUCCUGCGACUCACCUAACUCCUGCAGGUGCGAUAAUGGAUACAAAGGAACAGCAUGUGACCAAUGCGAGACCUACGCUGGCUGUGAGCAAGGGACUUGUACCGUACCAGGGGAGUGCGUCUGCAAUGUAGGCUGGGGAGGACUCCUAUGCGAAAGAGAUCUGAACUACUGCACCAACCAGCAUCCAUGCAUGAAUGGUGGAACGUGUCGCAAUGAAGGACCCCUGGGCUUCCAAUGCUACUGUCUACCUAGCUUCACUGGACACACCUGUGAGACAGCAGAGACUUGCCCUUGCCUCAAUGGAGGUACUUGCAGGAGUGGUUCUGAUGGCUACACGUGCCUCUGUCCUGGUGGUUACACUGGGGAUUUAUGCCAGACGCAGGUUCCUCGAUGUGACUCCAACAUGUGCAUGAAUGGCAGCACAUGUUCUGAAACAUUCGAUGGCUACCGUUGUGCCUGUCAAGAGGGUUACACCGGCACUCACUGCGAGAUCCGUGACCACUGCUCUUCAUCGCCUUGCCGCAACGGAGCUACAUGCCUGAACAACAACGUGGCCUACCAAUGCAGAUGUCCAGAUGGCUUCCGUGGAGAUCGAUGUGAGGAGAACCUCUGCGCAACACAUGGAUGUGAAAACGGUGGUACCUGCCGCGCGGAAUCUGAUUCGGUCCAUUGUGAAUGUCCUCGAGGAUUUAACGGUGAUCACUGCCAGAACAACGUCAACGACUGCGUCGCGUCACCAUGCAAGAACGGUGGAGUUUGCUUCGAUUUGGUGAAUGACUACCGUUGUGAAUGUGCCUUCGGAUUCGGCGGACCCAACUGUAGCGAUCAUUUCACUGUUUGUGAUGGAGACAAUCCUUGUGAAAAUGGAGGAACCUGUCUGCAAGAUGUAAUGGGAGGAUUCAUGUGCGAGUGUGCUGAAGGAUGGAUAGGUACAACAUGUACGCAAUCGACUGGUAAAGAGCAAACACCGAAGCCUUCUACAGACUGGCAGCGUGGUUCCCAACAGCCUAACCUCCGUGCUACCAGUUCACCCAUCACCAACUUUGGAUUAUCGGAUACCAUGCAGCUGGCUAUCUACGUUGCUUUUGGAUUAUUGGUCAUUGUGCUCGUCAUUAUACUGAUUAUUGUAGUGUACAGGAAACAACAUCACCCUGAUCCAAGACAAAACGACCUGGAAUCAAAUACGACAUCGACACCAAAUAACAGGAAUAGGCACACAUAUAAAGACAAUUUUUCGCAAGAGGAAAAAGUACUGCCUCUCUUGAGCAUAAGUGAAAAAGUGUGCAACAAAGAGCAGGACACAUAUAGCAAAGCGUCGCAAAAUACGUCGUCAGCUUUGCAACAAAAAAAAACAAAUCAUUACUCAAUUAAAGAGUAUGAAGGGCCGCCGCCUUCAGUGAACAAAUUGAUGAUUAUUCCAACGUCAUCAAGUAUGAACUAUGCGCCACAAGCAAGACAAUCUUUUCCGAGAUAUGACUCUGAAGAAUAUUAUUAUUAUGAUGAAAAAUCAGUGCAACUUAAGAGAACAGACUCAUUGCAAACGCCUAGUCAAAGUUCUUCAUCUCAGAGUACGCCUAGACACACAGGGACGUGCCCCAUCUCACAAAUAUCGGCUGUGGUCGAGGAUAGUAGGGGAACGACAACGUCGACGUCUGUCGGAUUACACGCAACUGAGGUAUGAGACAAGAAGAGGGGGAAGAUGUUGCAAUAUUAUUUUCUUCAUGCGCUAUGUAUUCAACGCUAUCACCCACUGCCAUGGAACAGCGCCGCUCAUAGGUGGAUACCCAACGAGAGAAAGAGAGAAGGAGAGACUUAAUAAAUAAAAUGGAGGGCGCCGAACUAAUUGAUCUAAAUAAAUAUCUUUUAAGAAAAAUUAUCGCCACCAAAUUCUAUGCACCGUUUAAUCUUUCAUGCCAUACCAGGUUAUCUGGUUGAAGCAGCUCUCAUAUCCAUUUGUCUACAAUGUUUUGGAGAUAAAAAGCCGUUGUGUGCCUUUUUGGAAAGAUAACAAGACUUAUGAUAAAAGAAUUUAAAUUAUUGUGUUCUUUUACACGCAGCAAUAUUUAAAUGAUUGUUAUUGUUAUCUGUAAUUUGCAAUCGACAAUUUAAUCAUGAUUAUUCAUAUUCGAAGAUCCAAUAAACCAGGCGCUCACCAAUAUACCAUAUCCCAAAUCAUAUACGAAACCAGGGGAAGGAGAAGA